AUGAGCAAGUCAUUGUUCAUGCGGAUUGUGCAUCGCCUCUCUACGGAAGUGGAGUAUUUUGCUGCAACGGAAGAUGCAGUCGGAAGGCGUAGUCUAUCACCGCUCCAGAAAUGCACAGCAGCAAUACGUCAAUUAGCAUAUGGGGGUGGGGCUGAUACGGUGGACGAAUAUGUCAGACUUGGUGAAUCAACAGCUCGGAAUUGCUUGCACAAUUUUACUGCCGCAAUCAUCGACUUGUUUGGCGAUGAGUACCUAAGACGUCCAACACCCGAAGAUCUUGAAAGGCUACUACACAAGGGAGAAGAACGUGGAUUUCCCGGGAUGAUUGGAAGCAUCGACUGUACUAUGAACGAUCUUAAUAUUCUUGAUCGAUCACCUGUUUUUGAUGACAUUAUUAACGGAAUUGCUCCCAAAGUCAAUUACAAUGUCAACGGCAGGGAGUACGAUUUGGCCUAUUAUCUUACAGAUGGUAUUUAUCCGGAAUGGGCGACAUUUAUUAAAUCUAUUAGUCUCCCACAGGGUGAAAAAGAUUCAUUAUUUGCAAAAAGACAGGAAUCUGCCCGAAAAGAUGUUGAGCGUGCCUUCGGAGUCCUGCAAGCUAGAUUCGCCGUUAUUAAAAAUCCAUCAAAGUUAUGGAGUAAAUCGAAGAUAUCAAAAAUUAUGAGAGCUUGUAUCAUACUCCAUAAUAUGAUUGUCGAAGAUGAAGAACGUACGGAUACUCGAGAUGAGACAUUUCACGAUCAGGAUAUUUCUUUUUGCGUCAAGAUGCCUACUGAGCUUUUCGAUGCACUUGAUCGCCGAGCUAGAGUUCGGGAUAGACCAGUCCAUAGACAACUAAAACAUGAUUUGAUCGAACAUCUAUGGGAUAAAUUUGGAGAUGAAUAA